GGCAAAUGGAGCUGUGAGGGGGGAUACGGGGUGUGUGAAGGAAGAAAAUGGUUUAUUUUUUUCACACUGAGUGCUUUGAGAGGCACGCAACGGUGGCCGAGCAGGAAAAGUAACAGGUAAACUAUAAAUGUGAAGGAUACAACUGGACAAAGGAAUAUACUAGAUGUGGAUGUAAAAGAGUUUGGCCUGGAAAAGUUCAAAUGCUCGAGAGCCGGAAGUGAUGCUCGGUAGACGCCGGAUACUCGGGUGGAAGCCGAAAUGCAAGGGAGGAAAAUGCGGCUCAGAGCCAGUGCAUCACUGAGAAGGAAUUAAAAAUUUGAAAGAAUAUAAAGGAGAGCGUUGUGCCGAGAGGAAUAGAGAGGAACAAAGAGGUGAAAGAGGGAUUGACGGUGAAAAGUGCAGAUGAUAGCUCUCGGGCACCAGCGGGACGUCAAACAGCCGUCCUGGUGUUGGCCGAUUCUACUCGACACCUUGUGAUUCCAUUUGCCAGCUCUUCCCUUUUUUUAUGCGACGCAAUCGGAAGCUGUAUCGCAACCAAGGCCAUCCCACCACCAACUUUUAUGCAGGAAUUUCAAACACCGGAGGAAACAACGUUUGAAAUUCAAAAUGUUGCCGACAAACGUUAUGACCUUUAUGAAGAAGAUUGUGACGGCCCAACCCGAUGCAACGACAGCCGACACAGUAACACCCGAGGACACGGGCACGACGUUCAGCAAACUUCGCCAAUUAAUGACAGUGACUGGAAAUGUUGCAAAACCAACGAAAAUCACACCUGUCGAGGACAUUGUGCCAAAAGAGGAAAUAACACCAGUGGAACCGCCUAAACCAAAACCCGAACCAGGCAGACCACCGAGUAGAUCGGGCGCCUGCAGAGUAUGUUUGAAAUCCUUCAAACCCGAUGAUUUCGCCCGCACAUGCUGCGAAUGCCAGUUCAAGGUCUGCGAGGAUUGUGCCUCAUACUCCGAAGCCCAGAACUACGAGGACUCAUCAACAUGGCGCUGCAGUGUUUGUCGACGUAGAUUAGCAUCUCGAGGUCAGCCAAUUGUAACUCAAGAAUCAACAGACUCAUUGCUAGAAGUGCCAGUGCUAGAGGCACUACAAAGGCGGCACAGUGAUGCACGACUCAGCUGCCAAGCGGGUGGACAAACACCAGGGUUGGGCAGUGGUCUAGCACCACCCAGGAGUCCAGAGCUCAGAAGACACUCAGACGUAUCACCAGCCAGCCUCAAAGAGCUCGAAAAGUUUCGAAAGGUUGCAGGAGAGCGCCGCGAGGAACUUAGAUGGGAGAAGGAGCUCGAGAGAAGGAGCAAGUCACGAGGUGGAUCACCCGAUCGCUAUCAGGGACGAUCUUCAAGCCCACAAAAGACAGUCAAGACCCCCUCAACAGAUCAAGAAACAGGUGAUAUUGGUGAAGACGAAGAUGAGCGUCGAAGACGAGCGGUAAGAAGAAGUGGAACAGUGAGACGAAAAUCACGUGUAACAAAGCAACACUCCUAUGAUGAAGAGAGCAGUGGUGGUGGUGGCAAUCAGUCGGGCCAUACUGAUACAGGGCUCGGGCUGCCGGUCCAGUUGCCGCGUAGAGCUUCGGCUUACGAUGUCUAUGCGACACCCGGAAGUGGUGGCCUUAAUGCCAUGGCCAUCGCUGCUGCUCAACAGAGAACCUCCAUAUCCAAUCAGGGGUCGAGGGAUGCGGAGGAUAGAUCACCGGGUAGAAGACCAUCGUUCAGGGUCGUCAAACCUGGGAUGGGAUACGAUAUGGCUGGCGAAGAGGAAAAGAAACUAAAUUUGGAUGCUACCGCUGGAUCGGAAGUAUCACUAGUUCAAAGUGAUGAGCCAAGGGAGUCCAGACCCAGAACACGCCGCGCUUCAAUGCUACCAGAUAUUAAUAUGGUGAGAAGUCUUCCAUCAGUGCCAAAAGCAACUCCCCCAGUCGUGGCUCGCGUAGCUGCGGAAGAUCGCGAAUUACCAAGACAAGGAAGUUUAGUAGAUGGUGAAGGGAUCAAGAUUGUCAUUCACGAUGUGGACAGUGAUUUAGCUCCAAGGGUCAAUGCUAAAAGGCGAGUUGUGCUUAGAAAAGAUCCAAUGCUGAUGGAGAAAGGGCACAGAACACGCGGUUUUGGUAUGCGAGUGCUGGGAGGUAAAUCUGGCACAGAUGGACGUCUCUAUGCUUCAAUCGUGUGGACAGUCCCCGGAGGACCAGCCGAAAAAGCUGGACUACAAAAGGGUGAUAAGGUUUUGGAGUGGUCAGGCGUUUCCUUGGUCGAUCGUACAUAUGAGGAAGUUGCUCAGAUAUUGGAGCACACUGGCGACGUUGCUGAAAUCGUCGUCGAACCCGUUUCUGACAUGGAUAAUUGCAGUCUUGAUCUAAUGGAUGAUUCUGGUAUACCUCCCCCUGGUGGGAAAAUAUCAGGGAAUCUCGGUCUUCAGUUAGACACAGAAACGGAUAAAACACCGUCAUCGCCAACUCGCAGGAAACUGCCAAAGACGCCGGAGCAAAUAGCUAAGGAACGCCAAGUGACUGGCAGGAUACAGAUACAAGUCUGGUACGAGGUAGACUCAAAGGAAUUAGUAGUGUCUGUCCUCGGUGGGGAUGAGCUCUGCUCCCGCGAGGACAGCUCACCACCUGAAGCAUUUGCCAAACUGGUGCUCUUGCCGCCGUGUGGUGAGAAAAAUACUCUCCAAACAGAUGUUGCUGAGCGAGCUCAAAAUCCAAUAUGGAAUGCCAAUUUGACAUUUCCGGGUAUUGCAGGGGAAAAACUUAUUGAGCGAACCAUCGAAGUGACCCUGUGGGACUCACAAGCGGAUGGUGAAAAUAUUUUUCUCGGCGAAUGCAUUGUCAAUCUGGAGAAUGCCAUCGAAGCUGAUCGAGCUAUUUGGUACAGAUUGGAGGAUCCCAGGGGUUGGCGCACAGGUAAAUCCCCGUAUGCCUCACCCCGGGGUUCAGUAUCAGCCGAAGUAUCAAUGAUAGCCCAGAGAUUACUAAGGCGUGACAUACGAGAAAGAAGCUAUAGCGAUGAAACCCAGACUCAGAGUGAGAGCGGCAGUCCUGAGCCUUAUUUCCUACACCCUGACCACGCUUGGCAGGCAAACUCAAGACGCGGCUCAUCCCAAUCCGAACAACUGGAAAUUGAACCCUACGAGUUGACUAAAGACUACAGCAGAUCAUUGCCUGGCAGUCGAAGGAGUAGUUUUCAAAGUCAAGGAGGAACUGACAGUAAACGAGGUAGUAUCGGUGAGAGUGAGACACCACCUGUUUACUAUAGUCGCGACAGACGACGCAGUUCAGUAGCAAGAACCGCGAGAAAUCACGAAGAGGUGUUGAAAUCACUUCAGAAAAUAGCAGCUAGAGGUGAACUUGGAAGAACAAUGAGUUUAUCCAAUGAAAAAAGACGCAGCAGCCGGCGAGAUGAGCGAAGGGACAGCAUCAAUCGGGGGGAGAGGAAGGACAGCAUGGGACAAACGAUGAUGGGAUUUCCUGAACGAUUUUGUGACAUAAAUAGUGAGUCAGAUGAGGAUGAGAAGUGGAGUCAAUCCGUGAAAAAUGAGAAUGGGGUAGAUUCGAAAUUAGGUCCUGGACAAGUGGCACCGAGAGGAGUUAAACUCCCGGGAGGCGGGGGAAAUGGUGAGGUACAACUUGCCCUAUUUGUCAGUAAGGGUAUACUUGAAGUCGAGGUAAUAACUGCGCGAGGCAUAUGUCCAGGUGAACGGGAAGAACCAGAUACUUAUGUAAAAACAUAUCUCCGAGACGGUGAGCGAUGGCUACACAAAAGGAAAACUCGAGUGGUGCGUCGUUCACGAAAUCCCCAAUAUAAGCAGACCCUCAAAUACGGCAGUUGCGAUGCGCUCGGAAGAAAUUUACUAGUGAUGCUUUGGGAAAAAAAGCAAGGCUUUGAGAGUAAUCAGGGCCUGGGUGGUGCUGAAGUUAAUCUUAAUCUCGUCUCACUGACGGAAUUGUCAGUUGGUUGGUAUCCACUCUUUCCAAUACAUACCUUAGGUAAUCACAAUGCUGAUUCACCCUGAUGGUUGAGGGAAAAAUGGGCCCUAGAGGCUGGUGAACUCGAUAUCAGACUGAGUCUCCUACUCAAGGAGGAGACUGAGUCCGUUGUCAAGAUAAUAUCUUGAUAAAUUUACGCUGAAAAGUACGUGGCUCUAUUGUCAACAUCUAUUUGCUCGUUUUACUGAUUUUUCAUUCAUUUUUUAUUACGUCAAAAUACAAACGUUUUCUAUUGAACGUUACCAUUAUCAGGGAGGAGACUCUAAGCAAUCCAUAAUGACAAUCAAUCUUCGAGUUUCGUCUGUGUAUGAAUGGAAUGGAAAUGGAAAGAUUUCAAACGGUGAAAGCCCCACACAAUUGAUCAUCAGCAUCAGCACUACUCAUUUCCCUUCAAGUUCAAGUAUAAUUCCCGAUAUGACAAAUAUUAAUUUUAUAUUGAUAAUCGCUCAUUGAUACGGCAGCCAAAAAACGUGAAUUAUUUACACGUUAUCAAUAAUUAAGUAAACAAUAUCCUUUCAGAUUCCUAAAUAUUUUUAUUUAUUGUAUUUUGGCAAUUUUAUUUCCUAUGUUUUGAAAAGCAAGUAAAAUAGAAACAAUUUCUGAGCCACGUUGCGAGUGCACCAGUAGAGGGGUUCAUUUUUCCCAAAUGAGAGUAUUUUAAAAGAAUAGUACGCGCACUGAGAAGUAAAUGUCCAAAAAAUAGUUCAGGAAAAAACAAAAAUGAAAAAACCCAGGAGAGUCGAUCGAUAUCUCAAUAAAAAUCGUAAUUUGGUCGAUCCGGGUAAGGGUUCGAUCGAGUCUCUAAUCAAUUAAGAAAAUAUCUGCACGGCAAUGAGGUGUAUUUUCGAUAAUCUCGCCAAUGCAUCCACAAGCAACCUAUGAAUUCUGCAAAAUGCCCCAAUAUUCAUUCAACUGAAAAAAACUAUCAAUGAAUCACCGAGUACGAAAGUAACAACUCAUGAACGAAAGCGUUGUCGAAGUGGAAGUUGAGUUUAAAAAUUAUAGUAAAUGUUGAAAAAAAAACGAAAAAUCAUUAAACUCAAAUAUACGGCCUAAAUGUCCUUUAGCGAUACGCAAUAGUAGUUGAAGACCCACCACAUUCUCACCACAAAUAUCUAACUUCAAAAAUCCGUCAGUGUGUCUCAGAAGGACUCGCUGGUCGAGUCGCAAUGGAAGAGAGAAUUAAAUUUGUUUCCCUCAUCAAGACCCUUUUCGGAAUGCCGAAAAUAGGAAAGGAUUUGGCGUUAAUCCGUAUAGUCGUACAAAAUAAUGAAAGAACGGAUGAUUUAAAAAAAUAUAAUUAAUGGGACGUAUUUAUCCAGUUAAUGAUAAGAAAAUAGAUUGAACUAUUUUUCUGGCAGAUGACAAAUGCAAAUAUGCUCUAUGGUCGAAAAUAAAUUAAUAUUAUUCUAAAAGAAUAGAGAUAUAUAUUCAGAGUUUAACAGCAAGAAUUGAAUGUUGAGAGAUUUUAAUGAGAAUAUUGAGUAAAGAAUUUGAUAAAUUUUUGCCCUCAUCUCAUCCAAUGAGAAGACAAUGAGACGAUACUGCUGAUCAACUUGGGUUUGACGAUUCGUGGACAUAAAAUAGCAAAAAAUGCCACUCAAAAUUAGCAUUAUAUUGCAGUAAUUUAAUCUCUCUCGUCCUCUCCCUCUCUAAUUCAAGGAGUUUUAUGAUUAGAUAACCAAAAUUACAGAAUCAAUCAAUCAAUAUUUAUAUUCAUGUCCAGUGAAUGUAGGUGAUGGGCUUUAUAAAUAAUAUUGGGGGUUAUCAAAUGAGAAUGAGGAUAAUGGAGAUAGCGAUGUUUUAGAAUUACUAGCUCUUACUAAAUGAUAGAUUAAAGUAUCACAAGACGAAAUGAUAACAAGACGAUUCUUCUUGAAGAGAAAAAACAAUGAAAACCCACACAACGGCCUAGAUGAUGAACGAUGUGCGAAAAGAUGGGGAAACUGUUUUCCACACUGACAAUCCUGAUAUAAUGAGUGCAAUCACUAAAAAAUGGUUCCAUUCGAGUGAUAAUUCCUUCAUUCCCAAAUUUUUAUACCUUAUAUUUAGAUUUUAGCAUCGAAUAUGGAAUCUGGGGUCUUGGAAAAUCAAGGAACAUAAACAUACGUAUCACAUGUGAUGAGAAAAGAAAAAUAUUCAUUGGAAUAUUAUUCUAGUGACGAGAGGUGAAGCAUAAAUCUGGCGUAUUCUGGUGAUAUUAUUAACUUUAUUAAUUUUCUUCGAGGAGAUCGACUAGGAUAUGGUUACACCCACCCUGCUGACUACCUCCUACCAUAGAGAAUGAUAAUAUUAACGUCAAAUUUUUAUUCCAUUUUUAUCACGGUAGAAUCAUACAUGAUUUUUUUUCGAUUUUCUCAAAUUUCAUUUAGAAAUGAUCAAUAACUCAUCUAAUAUCCAAGUGACUUAUACUUCAUCUAAUUUAUCUAAAUAUACUACAUUAUUCACGGAGAUGAUCGCGUAGUUUUCUGCUGAAUGGCAAAAACUGUAGGACGUUUAUGAAUAUAAAUGGGGUGAGAAGGAAAUUUUUUUCUAAAAAUUCAGGCGUAACCCAACUGUGAUUAUAAACAUCUUAUAUGAAUGCCAGUAAAGAAUGUAUAAGAACCAUUGUAGUAACAAAUGGGGUUUGGUGUAACCAGUCCGUCUACCCUCAUGUAAAGAAUUUGCUCUCUCAGUUGAUCAUUAUUCAAUUUUAUUCCGAGACAACUGAGCACAACCUGUUAUAUAGACAAUUCAUCACGUGUAAAAUUGACCUUCACAAUGAAAGCGAAUGAAAAAAAUAUUCACUUUUUAUCAUUACAAUAGAAAUUUAAAGCCAGAUACUAUUCAUAAGUAUUCUCUAUAUUUAUGAACGGAGAAUAUUUUGACAUGAGUGCAGAAAAAGUGGCUGUUCACGAAUGGAAGGUCUGCUGAAUUAUAAAUAUUUUUCCAUGUGAUCAAUUGUCCUGGAAUGUGCGUCUGACAAGUUGCCCAUACAAUAAUUUUUAGUGAAGAAUCUGUAAAAUGGUAAUACUCUCAUAGACGAAAGAAUUACAAAAAAAUAAAUCCCGAAUCACCAAAUGGUUGUGAGGGAAACUACAUCAAUUACAGCAAUUACGGGGUCCUAAGUGGCAUUGAAUGACUAAUUUGGAAAUUAUAACUCCGAAAUUUCCCAGAAACUAAACGCUUACCUAGAUAAAUGUUUUCUACGAAAAAUCAAAGAACUAUUAAAAUGGCCUAGUUGACUGCGCAAAGCGUGAUCUAUUCAACUGUAUCUGCGAUUAAUUCGUUUUUUCAAUCUGUAUCAAUUAAUCAAUAUAUAUUGAAUUUACCAUGUAUCUUUGACAAUCGAAUCUAUUAGCCUAAAUCUUAUAUUACCUAUAAACUAGGUAUAACUGAUAGGUGCGAGUGCAUUAUACAACGGUAUGUGUAGAUUCACAUUCAUGAAUAUUCCGUAGAGGCAUAUAUGUAGAUUUAUGUAUAAUAUGUAUAUAAUGGAAUCAACUAUGGGUGAUUAUUCAACCCGAAAUAGGCUCAAGGCUUUAAAGAUCAUCAAAGCAUGAGGAAGUCGGGAUUAUCGGUCGCCUAAUAAUGACAUCAAAAAUAUUCACCCAUAGUUAAAUUUCAGAUUAAUUAAGAAAAAUUACCAAUUGAAAAAAGAAUUAAAACUGAGAAAUUCUAUUGACAUUAAAAAUGCAAUAGAAACUAUAAUUUCAGGAACAGAAGAAAUAAAAAUUGGCUCCAUUAACAAUAGUUAUGGAAAAAAACUUUGGAAAUUUCAAUUAAUUAUGUUGUAAUUUUAAUAGAACUAUCUUGUUCGCUUUCAAAGAUUUUCCAUAUGUCAUGUAUCUAUGAAAAAAUCAAUCUUAUGACUGAAAUACUUCAGUAUAACAUAGAUCAUUUAUCUCUAGUUUUUCUCAGUUAUCCGUGUUUAACAGUACAUUGAGAAUUACAAGUAAGAAAAUAAAAUCAAAGCAACGGCCUCUUCCCUCACAUAUCUAUGUCGUACUCGUUCUAGGUGUUUGACAAUCUUGAUGAGAUGAAAAUGUGUAAGAAAAAAAAUCCAUACUCUACCCGAAAAACUCAUUACUGGAGAGUAAAUGCAAUGUCGAGAUGAUUGGAGUGAAAAAUGUGCUCAGAAGCAUUUCAAUAAUAAACCGGGACCCAUACAUGAAACUGGCAAUGAAAUUAAACCGAAAGAAUGUGGCAUCAAUUGAUUAAUUACACAUUCAGUGUACCAGUAUAAAUUAUAAAUCUCUUCAUAGAUCAUAAUUAUUGUUUUCAACAUAAUGAGAUCAAUUAAUUCAUAAUAGAGAAAUGAAGAAAGUUUGUCAAGAACUUGGGGGAAAAAUAAUGCCCUUAAAAACUUAUAGAUAGGCCAUACAACUUAGUACAAUCACCGCAGAAGGUGAUUUUGAAAAACUGACAAUUAAUGUGAAGUCCUAUAUGUUGAGUGUUGUCUGUCGCACAUGUCAGAAUUAGAUUUUAAAAAUAAAAAGGAAAUACUCUGAUAUGUAAUUUCACCUAAUCAACGAGAGGAAAAAAUUUUCAAUUAUAAAUAUUUGGCUGCUAUCACACGAAAGGAAAGGGUUAUCGCAAAAUAGGGAGCACGAUCAUUUAUUCUACUCGAUUGUCGAAGAAUAUUGGAGAAAGAGAACAUGGAUUUAUUUUACGUAUUGCGUGUGGUGUCAUGGAAAUUAAUCGAUGUCACAACAUUUUUUACAUCCCUGAUAUUGAAGUUAAAAAAUGUUCGGAAAACUGAUAAAAAAAAUAUCUAAAUGAAAAAUUUUCACUCGAAUCAUACGAGAAUUCACAAUUAAAUAAGUGUGGUUAUAUACAGGAUUUCCUACAUGAUACGUAAUAAUCUCAGUAAUUUCAACUAAAAUCGAUAUAACCAAUCACCAGUUGUGAAAAAUUCAACUUCUCACUAUAAAUCUCAAUCGAUGAAAACUUAACUUUUUAACCAACCUUCACACCACAAUCUCCAUAUGAAUUGAAGAUUAUGAUUCAAUUUCACGGUAAUAUAAAUAUUAUUUCAUAUCAGAAAGUAAAAGGCUAAUUGGAGAAUAUAAUUUUUCUAUGAAUUUCCGGUGGGAUGAACAACAAUUUUCUAUUGUGAAAAUAUGCUAAGAACUACUUAUACAUUCGUCAAUGUUGCAGAUCACUUUAUAUUUGCUAACUAUUCGAUUAAAGUUACAAAAUCCCAACUAAUGUAAGAUUAUAUCAGACCUUCCGAUUUCAUUCGGCAAGGAAUAUCGUUUGAUGAAGACCGAGAAUUAUGUGAAUGGGGAUGUCAUAUAACAAUGAGUGCUAAUAUUGUCGCUACUCAUUGUUUUUCAUAAAGAAAAAAUGCGAGCAUGACUCGUUGAAAUCCAUCUCAAUGAGGCAUACUGUCGAGUGAAGUUGUAUGUAAAUACAGACUACAUAAUGUAGACAAGAUUAUAUGUACGGACGAUGUUCCAUCAUUGCGAAAGAUCUGCCAGGUGAAUUCACAAAAGGAUUUGCGAAUGACUGAUAUUUGUAGUUAACAAUAUUAAAUUUUAAAAAAGUUGUCUAAAACCGUGAAUAUGAGACGGUAAAGGGUUUUCUUUAGUUUUUAAACUAAAUAUUUGAUUUUGUCGAUCUGUAUUAAAUGAAAAGAGAUAUGUAAAAUUGACUAACGAAGAGGACUAAUGAAAUAAAAAUUCAACCGAAUGAACAGGACGUGUUUUUUUUUGUAUGUGCGGAUGAUGAAUAUUUUUUUUUUUAUUUUUAAGAAUUCCCUAUAAAAGAGAAAAACUUUUCAUAAUUUCGUCCGGUAGGAAAAAAAAGUACGUUAAGGAUUAUUAGCAAAUUUACCUUAACUAACGUUCUAAGCAUGCCUGAUGCUAACGUUCAUUGCUACGGCGGUGGAAGCCUCAAUUUAAUUAUUAUUGUCACUCUAUCGCUAAAUUUUGUGAUCUCCAUU